GCGCGGGAUUAGUUUUCGAUAAACAGUGGCUCCGAGUAGACCGACAAACGGUUCGAGCGAGCGCGCGCGUGGCCUGCUUAGAGAAUAACGCACACGUUGCUGAUUUUGUACGUGCGGUGUAAUAUAGAAAUAGUGUGAUUUGUUUGGGUGUUUGGAUGAUUUUGGGCGGAAGAGAGUGGACGGAAAGCGAAAUCGGAGGAGAGAAGACAAAACAAAAAUCGAGAGUGAAAUUGUCUUGGCUUGCUGCGUCGGCGUCGGGGUGUGAAGUGAUUUUUUUUGUUGCGGCUGACGUUUCGAUUCUUGGACGAGUGCGCUUCAUCAGGAUUAAAAGCACAGCAUCUAUGACCCCUCGAUAGCGGUCGCGGACGACCGAUUCCGGUUCCGUGUUUCUUCGUGCACUAGGGAGUUACCAGGCACAGACCAACAAAACCAGCCGCGCGCGAUGGACAAGCUCGAGCUGGACAUCCGGAAGGAGAUCGAGGAGCUGAACACGAGCGUCUCCCUGAUCGACCGGCUCGACGACGACGGCACGCUGGACGACGAGCGGCAGGAACAGCUGCUGUCCUCGACGCGGGCCGUCUUCGAGAACGUCAACUCGAGCCACGCCAAAAACAGCCUCACGGAUUCGCAGAUUUCGAUCAUUUCGAAGCAUGACGGCUAUCCGGACUCGGGACACUUUUACGCGACCCCGCAGACGCCGACCUCCGCCACCGGCACCGACGGGGACUGCUGCAAGGACGUCGGCAACACCACCGACGGGGACAAAACGCUGACCACGCUGCACAGCCGGACGACGACGGGAGUUACCAGCGACAGCACCAGCAGCAAGGACACCAAGCCCGGCGAUUCGACCAGCUGCACGACGUCCGGCAAGUGCUCGAAAAAGGACGCAGCCAAAAAGAGCAAAGCCGACAAGAAGGCCGCAGCCAAACAAAAAGCCGCUGCGGCAGCGGCCGCCGCAAACCCCAAACUGGCCGAACAGUACUCACCCAACGGCGGCGGCGGGAACUCCUCCCUGGUCAGCUUCCUCUUCCCGCCCGGCUCCCCGCACCUGAAAAAGAGCCAUCUCCCGUCCACGGUCGUCCUGGGCAUCCUCCAGCUGCUGUUCAGCGUGGCCCUGGCGGCGCUCGGUGGCCUCGUGCUCGCCCGGAACGCCUCGCUCGCCAUGGCCGGAACGGGCCUCUGGUGUGGUGCCAUCGCCGGCAUUGCCGGCUCGCUCGGUCUGAUGAACGUCAAGAUGGCCAAGACGGGCUUCCUGGCCGUGAACCUGAUCUGCGUCGCGUCCAGCACGCUCGGGCUUGCCCUCACCGGGAUCGGCGCCGUGCGGGACGCCAACCUGGCUCAGCAGGAUGAGUCUUUUUGGUACGCAGUGACAGCCGGUUCCGGACUGUUGAUCGCGCUGGCGCUUCACUUUCUCGUCAGCGUCUUCUCCGUUUACUACUCGGCGCUGAAGCUGUGCUCCAGACCGUCCCAAAAGUCCCAGCUGAUGGAGAACGUCAUCAACAGCAGCAGUUCGGCGGCCGGGCCCGGCUCGCCGGCCUUUAUGGCCUCCCAGCAGAAGGUCGAGGACUACAUCAACUCGCUGCAGAUCGACCCCUCGCUCAAGGACAUGAUGUACCAGACGAUGAUGAACAGCCACCACCAGCAGCACCAUCACCGCAGCUUCGGCGGCAAUUCCUCCGUCUACGGAGAGAAGCAGCAGCACCGGUCGGACACGUUUAGCAACGGGACGGGCACGGGGACGGCCCGCCCGGUGAUGCUGGUUCCGGCCUGCGCCGGCAAUGGGCUUCCGCCGAUGCUGCAGAUGUACCCGAACGGGCCGCCACCCCCGCCGCCGGGCGGUCCCCCGAUGAUGUACCCCCCGAACCACCUGAUGCCGCCGGGCGUCAUGCCGCAGCAGUACCCGCCCAUGUAUCCGGAGUCGGCCCUGCUGGAGGCGCACAUUGCCCGUGUCAACCGGAAGCGCUCGAUGCGGGCCGCCUCCCAGCAGAGUCUGGCCACGGCCGCGGCCGCCGAGGAACACCAGCAGCAGCAGAAGGCCUUCACGUACACGGGCCUCGACAGGGACAUUGCGGACAGCUAUCUGGCCAAGGAGGAGGAGAAGCACCUGCAGAGCAGCAGCAUCGUGAGUUCCGGCGGCAAUACGGGGACGCUGCGGGCCGGUGGGGGACCACAUUCCGGCACGGACAGCGGGCCGGAGCCGCCGCUGACGUACCACCACGAUCUGAUGCUGAUCGACCAUCGGCACCACUUUAAUCGCUACAACGAUGUGCACAUGUAAAGUGAGGUUAGGAAGCAACCUCGGGAGGUAACUCUGCUCAAGCGGAUUUUAGCGCGCGAUCGAAUUAAAA